AUGGAAGAAGGUUAUACGACUAGGGAGGGAUACAAAAGAUUAUGCGAUGAAUUAGAUAGAGAGAAUCUAGAGAAAGGAUCGGAAGAGAGGUUCGUUUCUCUUUGGAAAAUGUCAGUUUCGUUUCGAAUUAGAGCUUUUGGUUGGAGGGCUUUUCUGGAUAGGUUACCAACCAAGAUUCAAUUGAGAAAGAGGAUUAUCACGGGUUUACAGGAUAGCAUUUUGUGUAUGUUAUGUUCCCAGGAAGAAGAAACCAUUCAACAUCUUUUAUUCAACUGUGAUAUUUCAAAGAGGAUUUAUGGAGAAGUGGAAAAAUGGAUUGAGAUUGAAUGUUCGUUUGAAUUGCAUAUUUGGAAGCAUUUUUUGAAUUGGUGUAGCAGUUUUAGAAGUUACAGCAAUUUGGCUAGCAUUUACUACAUCAAUUUGGAAGACGAGAAACAAUAUCAUUUUCAACAACGAUAA